CGCGCGUGAGCAGAGGAAGCGUAGACUGAGCUACAUACCUAUUCAUUGUUCACGGGUCUCGACUCGAAAAUCCUUCUACAUCGGUCUAGACCCAGACCCGGCCACCAGCAGUUUCCUCCAGAUUCCGAGACCCGGCGAGUUAACCCUUGGUGCGCACAUCAGACAGAUCGUCGGAUGGUUUCUUGGCUCUAGUUCUGGUUGUUCCUUGUUCCUCGUGUCUUGAGUGUCUCAGUUUCCAGUCCAGUCCACACAGCAUCAAGCUCGAUUUGCCCCGACGGCGUUAUCCGUCGCCUCUAACUGACUCGCUUCCCCAACAUUGACGGGGCUCGGGGUUCAUCUUGUCCUCCCUGACGCAUAACGAACCCGGACUGCGACUCUCCCCGGUGUUCGACGGCGCAUUUCCCAACCUAUAUUCUUAUAACAUAUAACGUUAACAUAUCACGGUACUACCCGCUGGUCGGAGCCUACUGGUCGCGUCCAAAACUUGAUCGCUCAUGGCGUCCACAACAAUGACAUCUCCUGCUGGAGGUGCAUCUCGCCCGUUGGUGUUGCCUGGUCAUUCCGGUCCUCUAAAAUAUGCCAAUGCGCAAGAUCUCCCAAUACCCGCCUCCCCGCCAGCCUCCCCUCGGGGCCACCAACCCGAGACUCCCAGGUCCUCGGAUGCCCUCCUUGCUGCUGGUUGGGCACAGCGGCAGCAAAAGCCGUCAGCGUUUCCUCCUUCGUCGUGGGUAUCCACGGCUGCGAACUUGGCCUUCAGCACAACCAAAGCAUCGCCCCCGGCCGCUGAACGCCCCGAAUUAUCAAGGCAAAAUUCGAUGCGCGCCGCAAAGGGAGCAAUGGCGGGCGCGCGGCCGAGAGCAAGGUCGUCGCCCCAGACAGCGACAGAGAAGGCGCCAGAUCCGUCCAGCGCCGAGGGAUAUGCGCUGAGCGCCGCGACCAUCGCCCACGGGCCAUCGGCGCGCGCAAACACCAUCUCGACCAGCGAAGCAGGCGCCGUCCCUUAUACCACCCUGGACCGGCAAAUGUUCACCUCGAAUCCGCCAGUCAAGCCCGAGACCGAUGAGAAGACCCGUGCAGACGUCUUGCAUGCGUCUGCCCUCGCUAUGGCCAAGAAGAUGUACGGCCAGCAGCAGAAAAUGAUCGACAACUCGGCCCGGGCGCACGGCCGGUCGGCAUCAUUCCCCGGUGGCGACGCGUCAACCAUCGCAAGCUCACAGGAUGAGGAACAGCCGCCCUUGGUGUACAACAGCCUCCAGGAGGCCGCGUACCGGCUCGCGCAGGAGCGCCUUGCCAAGCUGCAGGAAGAGCACGACAAGCAGCGGUCCCUGCAGGAGUAUUACGGCUCGGGUACGCCGCAGCGGACAAAGUUCGGCACCAUCAAGGGCAAGCUCACCAGGAGGCGCUCCUCUAGCGACGGGGAUCUGUUGGAAGACAAGCGGCGGUCGGAGCAGAUCCGCAAGCAGAUGUCGCUGCUGAACAACAAGCUGUCCGUGGUAGACGAGGACAAGAGGAGGAAGGAUCAGGAGGCGCUGCUCGCGACUGCGCAGCGGAAAGUCAGAGCCCAGUUGCAACGGAUGGAUCAAAAAGUGCAGUCUAAGACGGGGCGUGUGCCCCAAGUUACGAUGGACGACUGGGGGCGGAAGGCGAUGGUGGCUGCGCAAGCAAGGUCCGCUGCUACGGCUCAUGAGACCGCCGGGAAGGUUGAUAUUGGUGGUGGAAAACUUAUUGACCGAUCUGAAGUGGACAAGAUUGCCGCCCAGAACGUUCAGCCACUUCUGGACGAGAUUAACGAGAGGGCCGAGGAGGAGAAGGCACGGUUGGAGGAGCAAAGACUUGACGAAGAAAGACGCAAGGAGAAGGCUGAAAAGGAGAGGAUGAGGGAGAAGGAGAUCCAGGAAAUCCAUAGGAAACUCAAAGACCAGCAAAAAGAUGUCGAGAAGGCAAGAAAGGUCGGGCUCAAACAGGAGGAGAAGACCCGAAAGAACGAGGCAAAAGCGAUCAAGGCCGGGGAGAAGCAUUCCACCGAGGAAAAGAGGGACCCGCCAACGGCAACCGGCAAGGCUAAAGCAGACAACCAAGAUCAACCGCCAGACAUCGAGAAUAAACGAACCUCUGCCGUCGGUCGCGUCCGCACUCUAUCAAUCAACUUCGGCAAACGCCACCCAAGGCGCAAAGAAUCCACCUCGGAACCGCUCAGUCCGGACGGCAACUCGACCUCCCCAACGCGCAAAGUCCGCGCCUGGCUCCUCUCCCGCUUCCCGCGGCCGCGAGCCAAGACAACCAGCACAGAAACACCCAACGAUCAAGACACCCACGACGCGAAAAAGAAAGGCUUCAUCGGCGGCGUCGCCCUGACCCGACUUCAUCGCAACAACGUCGGAACGCCCUCCGUCACCGGCGCCGACAAGGCCAAGGACAAGGGCAAAACCAAAGAAACCGAAAACGAAAACGUAGAGCGCCCCGACGCGAGCAUGCGCGACGUCGCCAUGGCCGGCCGCUCCCCCCCAACCACCACCACCACCCCCGCCGCCACCACCGCCGCGGACGAAGCAGCAGGUAGCGGAGGGCCCUCCGCCAUCCUCCCGUGCGCAACCCCGCAGGUCAUACCCUCCACGCCCCCCGUCCAUGGUUCGCAACGCCCCACCUCGCAGGUCUCGCAGGUCUCGCAGCCGAGCAUCCCCGCCUCGCACCACGGCCACGGCCACGGCCAGCAGCAGUCGGUUAGCAGCAUGCGCACGAGCAGUACCGGUAGCAGUGCGGCGGGGAGUAGUAGUCUAAGCAGUAGUGCUGGUGGGAGUGGGAGUGGGAGUGGGGGUAGUGAGCGGUUCGUGGAGGCGCGCAGUGAGCCGGAGUCUGAGCCUGGAUCUGGAUCUGGGGGUUUGAAUGGUGGUGGUGUGAGUGGUGGUGGUGUGAGUGGUGGUGGUGUGGGUGGUGGUGGUGUGUCGGCGAGGCUGACGCCGCCGAGGGCGAGGAGGGUUGAGGCGGGGGGGAGGGUCAGUCCGUUUAGGGAGUCGAGGUUUUCGGAGAUUUUGUGAGGGGUGGGUUUUGGGGGUGGUAGUUUAUGGGGUGGUGCGUGGCUAUGCAUGACUUUUUGACGAUGGUGAUGAUGGUGGGUACUGGGGGUUUGAUUAUGGAGGUUGGGAGGGUGCAUGGUCUGUGGGGGGUGGGCAUCCGGCUGGGGGAGGGCUGGCGUUUUUGAGGAGGAUGGGGGGUUAUGUAUGAUGAACGUAACUUGAACUUGGAUGGGUUGCAUGGCACAUCGCAUGUUUGGGCAUUGAGAAGAUAUUACCUGUUGGGAUGUGUUGACGGCUUGGGGUCGGUUGUAACGAUUAUUGUUUUAUUUUCAACGCUCUUCGACCCAUCUCACAGCAUCAUGGUUGUUACCGCUUGGGAAGGCUAGGAAGUGGUGU